AUGAUCUCCUUAUCCUUUUUGAAUUUGGCUGGAGACGUCAUGUUUUCCUCCUUUCUUCCAAAUUCGAAUCGUGAAUUGAUAGAUCCACGGAAAAAAAUCCAACCACCUCAAUCAAUACCUCCACGACCGCUUCUCCUGAAGGCAGAAGGGGCCCACCGCGGUGGUCUCCAGCGCUCCGGGGAGCGCGGGCUGCGGGCUGGGCAGGCGGCUACGGCGGGCACAUGCAGCCGGUGGGCUCUGGGGCCGGGCGCGGCAGCGGCUGGUUCCUGUGCUAGAGAGCCCGAGCCGCAGGCUCAGCAUCAGCCAGGAGAACUGCAGCGCCCGGAGGUUGGCCUGGGGUCUGACAUCAACGGCACAGGCGGGGAGUGCAAGUCCAUCCGCACAACAUGGUGUGGGGGGUGCGGGGGUGUGGACGCGCCCAGCAGAGUCCCCGGGAGGGAGUGGGUGCGUGUCGGGGUGCCGGAGGAGGGCUGGGCGUGCUUCGCGGUUUUUUUGUUGCACGGGCUCUCCAAGAUGCUGCAAAUCAAAUCCCAAACGGGAGCCGCCGCAGCAGCACGGACUGAAUCGGAAGUCGUUUGCUCCGGUUCACUUGCCUUGGCUCUGACGCGACGGGUCCCAGGCCCCCGGGUCCGCUUUCCACUCAGAGUUCUCCUGCCCUCGCUUCCCCGCCACCCGCUCUCCUACGCAGAUUGGUCCCCUAGUCCCCUCAGGAGCCUCCGCCAACUCCGCGGGACCCCGCCGGGAAGCAGGACCCACCCCUUUGCCAAUCACCGCCCUCAUUCUAUCGACCGAUAG